UCCGCCGCGUGGCCCUCGCCCGCGCUCCACAGCCGGCUGGAAACGGCGGCGGCGCGGGCUCCACGUACAGCUGCCCUCCGGAGGCGUCCGGUCGCAGACUCUAUCGGAGGCGCUUCCUGUCCGGUGAGCGUCGAACGACUGAAGCGGUAGCCCAUAAUGCAUUGCGACGGCGGGUAGGCGUGUGUAGGCGGAGCCAGGGCCGGAAGUAGAACGGCGGCGGCGGCUGCGACUCUGGCAGCUCGGGACUCAGCGCAAGAGACUCACCAUGAUUCUUCAGAGGAUCUUCAGGCUCUCCUCUGUCCUUCGUUCAGCAGUCUCCGUGCAUUUGAGGAGGAACAUUGGUGUUACAGCAGUGGCAUUUAAUAAGGAACUUGACCCUGUACAGAAACUCUUCGUGGACAAGAUAAGAGAGUACAAAUCAAAACGACAGACGUCUGCAGGACCUGUUGACAUUGGCCCCGAGUAUCAGCAAGAGCUGGACAAAGAGCUUUACAAGCUUAAACAGAUGUUUGGUAAAGGGGACAUGAAUACAUUUCCUACCUUCAAGUUUGAAGAUCCCAAAUUUGAACUCCUCGACAAACCGCAGUCCUGAGGAAUAUUAUAAAAUCAUGUGGUAAUCACGAAUUAGUUGUACAACUAAUUUUUAAAAAUUCAAAUAAAUGUUCAUUUCACAGUUA